AUGGGUAUUUUGGGUUUAGCAAAAUUAAUAGCAGAUAUUUCACCAGGUGCUAUUAAAGAACGAGAAUUAAAGCAUUAUUUUGGUCGUAAAGUGGCAGUAGAUGCAUCUAUGUGCUUAUAUCAAUUUCUUAUUGCAGUAAGAAGUGAAGGUGCCCAACUUACAACAGUAGACGGUGAAACAACAAGUCAUUUAAUGGGUAUAUUUUAUCGAACAAUACGUUUAGUAGAACAAGGAAUAAAACCUGUGUAUGUUUUUGAUGGAAAACCACCAAAUUUGAAAAGUGGUGAGUUAGCUAAACGAGCUGAAAAAAGAGAUGAAGCACAGAAACUUUUACAAGCAGCAGAAGAAGCUGGAAAUGCAGAGGAUAUGGACAAAUUUAGCAGAAGAUUAGUAAAAGUUACAAAAGUGCAUGCAGAAGAAGCUAAACAAUUAUUGCAAUUAAUGGGCAUUCCAUAUAUUGAUGCACCAUGUGAAGCUGAAGCACAGUGUGCAGCUUUAGUAAAGGCUGGUAAAGUUUUUGCAACUGCUACAGAAGAUAUGGAUGCACUUACUUUUGGAUGUAAUAUUUUACUCAGACGUUUAACAUUCAGCGAAGCUAGAAAAAUGCCUGUGCAAGAAUUUCACUUUGAUAAAGUAUUAGAAGGUCUUGAAUUAAAUCACAAAGAAUUUAUUGAUCUUUGUAUAAUGUUGGGUUGUGAUUAUACAAAUAGCAUUAAAGGAGUUGGACCAAAACGAGCUGUUGAUCUAAUUAAAACACAUAGGUCACUGGAGAAGAUUAUAGAAAACUUAGAUAUCAAAAAAUUUUCAGUUCCUGAAGAUUGGAACUAUCAACAAGCUCGACUGUUAUUUGAAGAACCAGAAGUAAUGGAUCCUGAAAAUAUUGAAUUAAAAUGGUCAGAACCAGAUGAAGAUGGUCUAGUUAAAUUCCUUUGCGGUGAUAAGCAGUUUAACGAGGAAAGAGUAAGAAAUGGAGCUAAAAAAUUACAUAAAGCGCGAAAUACGUCCACUCAAGGAAGACUAGAUACAUUCUUUAAAGUAUUACCAAAUUCAAAUCCAAGUCCUGCAAAGCGUAAAGCGCAAGAAACAAACGCAACAGCUAAAAAGAGUAAAAGGGGUGCAACGGGAAAAUCUCGAGGAAGGCCAAAAUAA